UUGAAUUUCAACUUGUCUUGUUAACAAUGUGGAAUUCGGCUGAGAAUCUGUCAGUGAGAUCUUCGUCAUUUCGGGAAGACGGAGACGAUGAGGAGGCGUUGCGGUGGGCGGCUAUCGAGAGGUUGCCGACUUAUAAUCGAGUUCGGAAAGGUAUAUUUACGAAUAUCGUUGGAGAUUCCAAGGAAGUUGAUGUUAAUAAGCUUGAAGUCGAGGAACUGAAGCUUGUGUUAGAUCGGUUGUUGAAUUCUGCUGAAGAGGACUGGAAGCGGUUCUUCGAUCGAAUGCGACGGAGAUUUGAUGCGGUGGAUUUGGAAUUUCCAAAGAUUGAAGUCAGAUUUCAGAAUUUGAAUGUAGAAACUUAUGUUCAUGUCGGUAGUAGAGCAUUGCCAACCAUUACCAAUUUCAUUGUUAACAUGACCGAGGGUUUCUUAAGGCAAUUGAGGAUAUACAAGGGGAAGCGGAGAAAACUGACAAUUUUGGAUAAUGUUAGUGGGAUAAUUAGACCUUCAAGAAUGACGCUGCUUCUUGGUCCUCCGAGCUCCGGAAAGACAACUCUGAUGUUGGCCCUGGCUGGACGUCUUGGACAUCAUUUGCAGACGUCAGGAAAAAUAACCUACAACGGGCAUAGUCUGAAGGAAUUUGUUCCUCAGAGAACAUCAGCUUAUGUCAGUCAACAAGAUUGGCAUAUUGCAGAGAUGACAGUUCGUGAAACACUCGACUUAUCUGCACGCUGUCAAGGUGUCGGAUUUAAAUAUGAUAUGAUUAUGGAACUCACAAGAAGAGAAAAGAUUGCUGGAAUAAGACCUGAUGAAGAUCUGGAUAUUUUUAUGAAGGCUUUGGCCUUAGGGGGGCAUGAAACAGCUCUUGUUGUGGAGUACAUUUUAAAGAUUUUAGGAUUGGAUGUAUGUGCAAACACCAUGGUUGGAGACCAAAUGCUCAGGGGGAUCUCUGGGGGGCAAAAGAAACGGCUUACAACAGGUGAAUUAUUGGUGGGUCCAUCUAGAGUUCUUAUAAUGGAUGAAAUAUCAAAUGGUCUUGAUAGCUCAACCACAUACCAAAUAAUUAAGUACCUCAGGCAUUCAACUCGUGCACUUGACGGGACCACAGUGAUUUCUCUUCUUCAACCUGCUCCAGAGACUUAUGAUUUGUUUGAUGAUAUCAUACUCAUAUGUGAGGGCCAUAUAGUAUACCAAGGGCCACGAAAUACUGCUCUUGAUUUCUUUGCAUUUAUGGGAUUUCAGUGCCCCCAGAGGAAGAAUGUUGCAGAUUUCCUUCAAGAGGUUGUUUCCGAGAAGGAUCAAGAACAGUAUUGGUCUGUUCCAGAUCGACCUUAUUCCUACAUACCCGUCAAAAAGUUUGCUGAAGCAUUUAGUUCAUACCGAGUGGGGAAGAAUUUAGUCGAGGAGCUAGGUGUUCCAUUUGAUAGGCAAUACAAUCAUCCGGCAGCCUUGUCAACUUCUCAUUAUGGUGUCAAGAGAAGGGAACUUCUUAAGACAAGUUUUAAUUGGCAAUUGCUACUGAUGCAACGGAACUCAUUUAUAUAUGUUUUUAAAUUCAUUCAGCUUCUAUUUGUUGCAAUCAUUACAAUGAGUGUUUUCUUCCGGACAACUCUGCAUCAUAGAACAGUUGAUGAUGGAGGCCUAUAUCUUGGGGAACUCUAUUUUUCUAUGGUUAUUCUUCUUUUUAAUGGCUUCACAGAAGUCUCCAUGCUAGUUGCAAAGCUUCCAGUGAUCUACAAGCAUAGGGACUUGCACUUCUAUCCUUCUUGGGUUUAUACGCUUCCUUCUUGGAUCUUGAGUAUCCCAACUUCCCUCAUAGAGUCUGGUAUCUGGGUGGCAGUUACAUACUACGUUGUUGGACUUGAUCCAAAUAUCGUCAGGUUCUUUAAGCAAUUUCUGCUAUAUUUCUUCCUCCACCAAGCGUCUAUUGGUCUGUUCCGCUUGAUGGGAUCCUUGGGACGUAAUAUGAUCGUGGCCAAUACCUUUGGCUCUUUUGCAUUGUUGAUUGUCAUGGCUCUUGGUGGAUAUGUAAUUUCAAAAGAUAGUAUACCGAGUUGGUGGAUUUGGGGUUUCUGGAUUUCACCUUUGAUGUAUGCUCAAGAUGCAGCAUCUGUGAAUGAGUUUCUUGGGCAUGCUUGGGAUAAAAGAGGGAACCAAUCAACAAAGACGUUAGGUGAGAUGGUGCUGAAAGCACGCAGUAUCUUCCCUCAGACUUAUUGGUACUGGAUCGGUCUUGCAGCCUUGCUUGGAUAUACAAUUUUAUUCAAUGCCCUUUUCACCUUCUUCUUAUCUUACCUUAACCCCUUGGGAAGGAGCCAAGCUGUUGUUUCAAAAGAAGAACUCAAGGACAAAGAUGGAAAAAAGAACAGUGAAAGUGUUGUCAUUCAGCUCAGAGAGUUUUUGGAGCAUUCAGGUUCUUUCACUGGUAAGAAUAUAUAUCAAAGAGGCAUGGUUCUACCUUUUCAGCCACUUUCCAUGGCAUUCAGCAAUAUCAAUUACUAUGUUGAUGUGCCUCCGGAAUUGAAGCAGCAAGGGGUUGCAGAAGAUAGAUUGCAGUUGUUGGUGGAUGUUACUGGUGCAUUUAGGCCCGGUGUGCUUACCGCAUUGGUGGGGGUAAGUGGUGCUGGUAAGACCACCCUAAUGGAUGUUUUAGCCGGAAGAAAAACUGGUGGAGUAAUAGAGGGAAGCAUCCAUAUUUCCGGCUACCUGAAGUCCCAAGAAACUUUUGCUAGAAUAUCUGGUUACUGUGAGCAGAAUGACAUCCAUUCGCCUUGUUUGACUGUUCUAGAGUCACUUCUCUUCUCUGCUUGGCUUCGUUUACCUUCAGAUGUUGACUGCAAAACACAGAAGAUUUUCGUUGAGGAGGUGAUGGAACUCGUUGAACUCAUUCCACUCAAAGGUGCCUUGGUUGGUCUGCCCGGUGUUGAUGGCUUGUCAACCGAGCAAAGAAAGCGUCUGACUAUAGCCGUUGAAUUAGUUGCGAACCCUUCUAUUGUAUUUAUGGAUGAACCCACUUCAGGACUGGAUGCAAGAUCUGCAGCUAUAGUGAUGAGAACUGUGAGGAACAUCGUAAACACCGGGAGGACAAUUGUCUGCACGAUACAUCAACCCAGCAUCGACAUCUUCGAAGCCUUUGAUGAGCUCCUAUUUAUGAAGCGAGGAGGGCAACUCAUUUACGCAGGUCCACUUGGCGCCAGAUCAUGCAAACUUGUCGAGUAUUUUGAGGCUAUUGAAGGAGUUCGGAAGAUAAAAUCUGGAUAUAAUCCUGCAACAUGGAUGCUAGAGGUUACUUCACCAGCAGAAGAAACCGGUUUAGGUGUAGACUUUGCUGAAGUCUAUAGACGGUCCAAAUUAUUUCAGUAUGUGCUGUUUUCCUCUUUACAUUCUUUUCUUUCAUUGUUAUUCUCUGUUCUUCAUUCUUAUGCCUUCCAUGUAUUCUGUCUCAGACGCAACAGAGAUUUGGUCGAAAGACUAAAGAAACCAAGAAAUGAUUCAAAAGAAUUGCAUUUUCCAACCAAGUACUCGCGAUCAUACGCAGAUCAGUUUGCCACUUGUCUUUGGAAGCAAUACCUUUCAUAUUGGCGAAAUCCACAAUAUACUGCAGUUCGGUUUUUCUACACUUGUAUCAUUUCACUGAUGCUUGGAACAAUAUGCUGGAGAUUUGGUUCAAAACAGGAAAGCCAGCAGGAUUUGUUUAAUGCCAUGGGAUCCAUGUAUUUAGCCGUACUAUUUAUAGGAAUUACCAAUGCCACUGCUGUCCAACCUGUUGUUUCUGUCGAAAGAUUUGUUUCAUAUAGAGAGAGGGCUGCCGGUAUGUAUUCAGCUCUACCGUUCGCCUUUGCUCAGGGAGCAAUUGAGUUUCCAUAUGUGUUGGCACAAGCACUUAUUUACAGUACCAUAUUCUACUCGCUAGCUGCAUUUGAAUGGAGCACAUGGAAAUUUAUAUGGUACAUAUACUUUAUGUACUUGACCAUGCUAUACUUCACCUUCUAUGGAAUGAUGACAACUGCUAUGACACCCAAUCACAAUGUGGCUGCCAUUAUUGCUGCUCCUUUUUACAUGCUAUGGAACCUCUUCAGUGGAUUCAUGAUCCCUCAUAAGAGAAUCCCCAUUUGGUGGAGAUGGUAUUAUUGGGCAAACCCAAUAGCAUGGACUCUUUACGGGCUAGUCGUAUCCCAGUACGGCGACUUAACCAAACCCGUCAAGCUAUCAGACGGAGUCACCUCUUUGCCAAUCAAAGAGUUAGUCAACGACGUAUUUGGUUACAAACAUGAAUUCCUCGGAGUUGCAGUUUUCAUGGUGUUUGCCUUCUGCUUCUUGUUUGCAGUCAUCUUCGCUUUCGCUAUCAAAUCCUUCGUCUUCCAAAAGAGAUAAAAGAGAGAUGGCAUCAAAUCCUUCGUCUUCCAAAAGAGAUAAAAGAGAGAUGGCAGAAAACACCUCAUGCUAGUUAAAGGUAUCUAAAACACUCUUAAAUUUGUUACAUAUAGAGAAUGUUGUAGAGAGCAGCAUGUUAAGAUUUUAUUCUUUUCUUUUUUGUCCAAAAAAUAAUGAUAAUAACUACGGUCGCAUUCGCAUGUAAAAUGGUACGGCAAAUUCAUAAGUUUAUACCCUUUUACGUCAAAGGUUUACAAGAUA